AUGUCUCGCGAACACUCGCCCGAAUUUCCGGAGCGAGCACCUGCUCCUACUCCGCCGGUUGUUAUCAUUCCGACGAGAGAGCAGCGUGCUCUGGGUAUUCACUUGCGUACGGAGCAUCCUUUUGGAUACAGACCAGGAUCUUCCGCAGAUCUCCAGUCAGGACGCGUUACCCGAUCGCAUGCGAAUCCGACAUCUUUCGGUCCACGGGAUACUGUAGCAGCCAAUGCAGCUGACUGUCAGCCGUCUACAUCGGCCGCUGAAGAGCGUCAGGCUGUAGUUCGUGGAAAUGCACGGCGCGGAUCUUUUACCGCCACACCGGAACAGACGUACUGGCGUAAUGCGCAGCCGUCUUCAUCCAGUUCUAACAGCAGUACGCCGCCUGCCAAGAUCAACCUGCGUAUUCGUCUGGUGGGAGAAGUACACUUUUCUGAGACAAGCGACUCGGAAGGCGAGGCUGCAGCGAAACCACUACCGCGCCCGAUCCGUCCUGGGUUUGCACGACGUACUGGUGUGCCUGAACGACCAGUUGUGCGUAGCCGCAAUCCUGUUUUGAACGCUGUUGGUAUUGGUCGCGAGGACACGGACACGGAACCCUCGUCGGUCGACACUGUGAUUCAGAAAUUCCCGGACUUGGCCGUGGCAAAACAGAGGGAUGAUGCAGUGAUUACUGCAGCGUAUCACUCAUCGGUGGCCAAAGAUGAUUUGGAGAAGCAGCACGCGGACGCGGCCGCUGACAGAGAGAAAGCCGUAGAGUCUGUACUGGAGAAUGAGACCGGAAGUGCUGAGGAUUCGGGCGCCGAAGCCGAUGGUGAAAAGUCUGACGUGGAAGAUACCAUUGAUGCGAACACCAGUGGUACGACGGGCACAUCGGAUACUUCAGACACAAGUAUGGAGACUCGCGCCGAAUGGGAGCGACUGCAGCGCGCCCAUGCUCAGCGCAAAGUCCGUUUCAAUUUGAUCGGUAGCAUGAAACGCAAGUUUGAAGAAAUGGAGGCGGAAGACGGCAAUGAACAUCAGCCAACGACUUCUGCACUGAGUUUGUAUCAGCCGGAAACAGCUGUUGUCAACGUUGUCAAGCCAGUGAAAUUAACUGAUGAUGAACAUGAACCGGGCACUGAAACGGAAAAUGAGUUGAUGGAGUUUGAAGAGUCAUUAAUUCACUGGAGUGACGACGAGAAGGCGCCGAUUCCAGACUUGGAGUAUCCGCCUGUAAUUCCGAAGCCAUCAGCGGCAGAAAUCGCGAUGGACGAAGCGGAUAUCGCGGAUUUAGUGGCUAUCGUGGACGCGGCGCAGCCAGACAAUGAUGAGCUGCCAGAUUUUGACAUGGAAGAGCUGGAAAAAUUGGAAACGGAGCAGCAUGACGACAAUGCAGAUGGAAGUAUCCAACAGCCUAUCGCUGCCGCUGUGCAACAGGAAUUGGUUGCCGUCGAAGCUGUGCAUGUUUCGGCGUCUGUGCCAGUUGAAGUUGUUUUGGUGCAGCCAGCAGCUGUUGACAUAGCUCCACAGGCAGAAGAACCGCAUUCUGCAGAACUGGAAGUUGGACAGCCGACGCCGGCGCCGAGCUCCAUUGUCGACAACAAGGGGAUGUUUCCGUUGAAUCCCUUUGUGCCGUCAAUCUUCAUUAAAGUUUAA